AAAGACAAAGUAACUCAGCAAGGAAGCCCUUACUAAGGAAACAAUAUCCAGGCUCAGGUGAAUAAAAGAAAUAAUUUGCUGAGGGCAAAAGAGCAAAACUGACAUGAUGGGGUCCUGGAUUUUGAAUGAGAAUCUCUCCAUCAUAUUCGUACUCGCAUGGCUGGGAGUGAAUUUAUAUCUGUUUAUCGACACAUUCUGCUGGUAUGAAGAUGAAGAGUCUUUCCUUUAUACCCGAGUUAUUCUGGGUUCAGCACUGGCUUGGGCUCGAGCAUCUGCAGUGUGCCUGAAUUUUAACUGCAUGCUAAUUCUGCUACCAAUCAGUCGAAACUUUAUUUCAUUCAUGAGAGGGACAAGUACUUGCUUCAGAGGACCAUGGAGGAGGCAAUUAGACAAAAAUCUCAAAUUCCACAAACUGGUUGCCUAUGGGAUAGCCAUUAAUGCAGCCAUCCACAUCGGGGCACAUUUGUGUAACCUGGAGCGCUACCAUGGGAGCCAGUCGCGGGAAGCAGAAGGUCUUGUGGCUGCACUUUCCAAACUUGGUGACACCCCAAAUGAGACCUACCUCAACCCCAUCCGGACCUUCCACACAAACGCAGUCACCGAGUUGCUAAGGACAAUCUCAGGUGUUACUGGCCUGCUGAUCUCACUGGUUCUGAUCUUGAUGAUGACCUCUUCCACCGAGUCCAUCCGGCAGGCAUCCUAUGAGCUGUUCUGGUACACACACCAUGUUUUCAUCAUCUUCUUUAUCGGUCUGACUAUCCACGGGGCAGGUCGGAUCGUUCGUGGCCAGACCCCUGAAAGUCUUCUGCUCCACAAUGUCACCUUCUGCAGAGACCACUUUGCUGAGUGGCAGACAGCUGCCCGGUGUCCCGUGCCUCAAUUUUCUGGCAAGGAACCUUCGGCUUGGAAAUGGGUUUUAGGCCCUGUGGUCUUGUAUGCAUGUGAAAGAAUAAUUAGGUUCUGGCGAUUUCAACAAGAAGUUGUCAUUACCAAGGUGGUAAGCCAUCCGUCUAGAGUCCUAGAACUUCAGAUGAAGAAGCGCAACUUUAAAAUGGCGCCAGGCCAGUAUGUCCUGAUCCAGUGCCCAUCCGUAUCCUGGCUGGAGUGGCACCCCUUCACCCUCACCUCUGCUCCCCAGGAGGACUUCUUCAGUGUGCACAUCCGGGUAGCAGGAGACUGGACAGAAGCUUUAUAUAAAGCCUUUGGGGCAGAGGGACAGGCCCUGAGGGAGCCCUGGAGCCUGCCAAGGCUGGCGGUGGACGGGCCGUUCGGGGCUGCCCUGACGGAUGUGUUUCACUAUCCAGUGACCAUGUGCAUUGCUGCGGGCAUAGGGGUCACGCCCUUUGCCGCUCUGCUGAAAUCUAUCUGGUACAGAUGUUGUGAGUCACAAACCCAGCUGAAGCUGAGCAAGGUGUAUUUCUACUGGAUUUGCCGGGAUCCAGGAGCCUUCGCGUGGUUUGCUGAUCUCUUACUCUCACUAGAAACACGGAUGAGUGAGCAAGGGAAAACUCACUUUCUGAGUUACCAUGUAUUUCUUACUGGCUGGGAUGAAAAUCAGGCCUUUCACAUAGCUUUACACUGGGAUGAAAAUACUGAUGUGAUUACGGGAUUAAAGCAGAAAACCUUCUAUGGAAGACCGAACUGGAAUAACGAGUUCCGGCGGGUAGCCUACAGUCACCCCAGCAGCAACAUUGGAGUGUUCUUCUGUGGACCCAAAGCUCUCUCCAAGAUAAUUCAGAGAAUGUGCCGCUUAUACUCAUCAGCUGACCCCAGGGGGGUUCAUUUUUAUUACAGCAAAGAGAGCUUCUAGACUGGAGGAAAAAAAAAAUCUAUGUGUUGUGUA